GGAACUUCAGUCUUCGACGACCACUAUAACUGAAAGCACCAGCAUUCGCCAACAUUGGCUUUGUUCUCUGCUUUUUUAAACUAAACUCAACGUCGCGUGUGUCUUUUAAACUAAAUACAAAAUGGCGCAGACUAUUCAGAUGACUAACGAGCAACUGCAAGCGCUCAUCGAAGCAGUGCGUGCGUCGGCUGUUAGCGCAGCUGGCAACGCUGUCGCUGCUGGUGAAUCUUCAACAUCCAAGACGAAGGGCAGCUUCAGUAAUUGCACACAUCGAUUUGGCGGUGCUCGCAGUCAUGACGAGGUCGAGGAGUUCAUCACCAACAUUGUCACCUACAAGGAGCUGGAGAGCAUCAGCGAUGAGAACGCCCUCAAGGGUAUCUCCCUGCUCUUCUAUGGCAUCGCUUCCACUUGGUGGCAAGGUGUUCGGAAGGAGGCAAAGACCUGGAAUGACGCUAUUGGUCUAAUCCGUGAACACUUCUCUCCCACUAAGCCAGCCUACCAGGUCUACAUGGAGUUCUUCGAGAAGAAACAGGAGGAUUCGGUUGCCAUUGACACCUUUGUGGUCGAGAAACGUGCACUGCUCGCUCAGCUGCCAGAAGGUCGCCACAAUGAAGAAACCGAACUGGACUUCCUCUACGGCCUCUUGAAUAUCAAGUACCGCAAACACAUUCCCCGUCAGAGCAUCACAACGUUCCGCGAUCUUCUGGAACAGGGUCGCAUCAUCGAGCAUAACAACCAAGAAGAUGAAGCCGUAUCCAAGGGUCCACUACGCGGUGCUCGCCGUGUUGAUCGUUGCACUUACUGCAAUUUCCGUGGACACACGUUCGAGAACUGCCGCAAACGUCGUCAGGCACAGAACGAGGAGAAUGAUGAUUAAGAAGACUACACCCACGCAACUCUUCAAAUCGUGACAUCACUGGCAAUUCACAACAACAACUGGAAGCGCAGAACGCACAUUUAAUACGCUGACGUCACGAUCCAACAAAAAGAAAUAUAGCAACACUUCGCCACGCUGGCCUCACAUUGACAAGAACGAGAAGGAAGUCAGCAGCUUUUUUACAAGUUCAUUUCACUCUCAUUCACCGACAAAUGACGUGCCGGCAAGCUAAGCAAAGCUUACAAUCAACAUAAGAACAACAAAACUUCACGCUGCGUCUGCGGCUAUUUUUGGCUAUGAACGCUAUGAAUCACUUUCGUGAUAUUUUUGCAACCAAGAACAAAUUAUAUUGUACAUUGUACAAGCAAACUGGUAAACUUUGUUUACCGGAGUGAUAAGAAAAUGAAGGCGGGAGAGGCGCACGGAUUUCGCUCCUAGGCCAAAGCUUUUCGUAUUGAUGCGGCCCAGCAGAUCAGCGACGUUCUGAAUUGUAUUGCACUCGGCUGUUGUUCUUCGGAACUGCAGCCGAAGGCUUUACUCGAUGGACGCCGUUGAAUCUGCUGAGUUUGUAUCAGCGGAGAGCUUUUGGCUUGGGUGUUUCGUGCAUCCCUUGCCUCUCCACUUUCUUGUCACUCAAAAACCGCUGCCUUGGCCUAGUGUUUGUGCAGGGGCGGGUGAAGCGUGUACGAGGCUAUCAAGUUAAGGGUUCUCCCAACAACUUGUCGCUUAGUUUUCGUUUCAUCGGCUACUCUGUGCGGAUCCUUAGUCAAUGCGGCAAAAAAAGUCCCUGGACACCCGCCGACAGCCAGUUAGUUCAGUUCCUCUUGUGUGGUGUAAGACCUCGGAUCAUGACAGAUAUUCAGGAUGUGUGCACUGAGUAUAGCAGAGAGCAACAUUUGUUGUUGUCUGCAAUGGCAGCCGUUUACAGAGCAGAUAGAAAGCAGCAACAUUGCAGUGUGUUUCGAUGCACUGCAGCGUUGUUGCUUUUAGUUGCCUGUUGUACACAAAAGGCAGCAACUUUGCAAUGCAUUUCGAUGCACUGCAGGGUUGUUGCCUUAUUUUAACUGUUGUACAAAGAGCGCAGUAAGCAUCAACAUUGCAAUUUGCAGUUUUGCUGUUUUGCGAUUCCGGCUGUACACAAGCGCUGUUUUUGUUGCAUUGCAGUAUCAGAAGAUAUUGCAAUGUAGCAUUAGCGAUUCGCCUGUUCACAAGUUGACAAUCGCUAAAUGUGGAUUCGUACCAUGAAGCAUUUGGAAUGUGUCACGGUGGUUUCUGUGCCCAGCCUGGAUGUUUGUCACGUGGUUUUACACUAUCUCGCGAUAGGAACUGUUGCCGAUUGGCUGUUAGCAAAAUCAAUGAAAAAAUGAAUCUUUCUCAUAAGAAAUUUUAAAUCAACAUUGUUAUCAAGUACAUAAAUUGCACAACAAUGGCUAUGUUGUCGCUAUUCGUGCAAUUGGCACGCUUAAUUGUCCUUGGCUACAAAGCUGCUCUUAGGAACAUUUUAGAGCCAGGCAAGCUUUAGGCACGCCAUCCAUUUUCAUCCACACUUAAAGGUUCUUGGAUUCGUCGUCGCCCAGCAGCUCCAGCAUGUGGCGACUGCCCUGAACCCACCACGUUUGUAAAUGCAACCUCUUGUGCAGAAUUAAUAGGCGCGUAGUACCAUCAACAUCUACAUCGGUAUAUAUUGGCCCUUGUUGUUUAGCGGGCCAGAAUACGGAGCACUGGCCACUCACACGCUGUAACGAACAGUGCGCUCUCCUUGCCAUUGUCAUCAUUAUUAUACUGGAGGCCUAUGGAUGACCACAAGAGGUUGCGAUAAUCAAGCACAAC